AACACACCCACCCAUAGGGCCUCUUCAUUGCUCGGCUUUAUUUAGCUCUAAUCAAGCGGGAUCUUCAAUUUACUUUGCCUUCCAGAGUUAUAUGGGAAAUCUUAUUUUAGCAAUUAUUAAGGCUGGAACAACGAAGGGCAUUUCCUGUGGAGCAGAACAGCGAGCAGCAUGAAGGAGCAACUUUGGAAACAUGAAACAUUCCUAUUACUUUUUCUUCUCCUCCUCCUAGUACAGACUUUUGGUUUAGAUGACGACAGCCGAGCUGCAACAGAAGUCUGCUCCACACACACAAUUUUGCCUGGACCAAAAGGAGAUGAAGGCAAAAAGGGAGACCAAGGACAAAUGGGCAAGCACGGGAAAGUGGGCCCCACAGGAUCCAAAGGAGACAAAGGAGCAGUUGGCGAUACUGGUGACCAAGGAAUAAUGGGUAAAAUUGGACCGAUUGGCAGAAAGGGUGACAAAGGACUGAAGGGGUUAUCUGGUGUGUCAGGAGGAAAGGGCAAAGCAGUUGGUCAUGGAACCGACCAGAGGGACGGCAACCCUGGACUUAAUCCUCAGUGGGGACCGGGACCUGGUGCGAGAUGUGCUGUCUGUGAUUGUGGAAAAUAUCGCAAAGUCGUUGGACAACUGGAUAUCAAUGUUGCUCGACUCAAGAGCUCCAUUAAAUUUGUAAAAAACGUGUUAGCAGGAAUCAGGGAAACCGAGGAGAAAUACUAUUACAUUGUGCAGGAAGAAAAGAGCUAUAAGGAAGCACUCGCUCACUGCAGGAUUCGAGACGGGAUCCUUGCAAUGCCGAAGGACGAGGCUGCCAACGCAGUCAUCUCUGACUAUGUCUCCAAGAGCGGCCUCUUCCGAGUCUUUAUUGGGUUGAGCGACACGGAGAAGGAAGGGCAGUUCAUGUUUGCUGACCGUACCCCACUGCAGAACUACAGCAACUGGAAGGAAGGAGAGCCUCAGGACACCUCUGGGCAGGAAGACUGUGUGGAAAUGCUCAGCUCCGGGCAGUGGAAUGAUACUGAGUGCCACCUCACUAUGUACUUUGUCUGCGAAUUCCCAAAGCAGAGAAAGUAGGCGUCAGAGGGCAUCUGGGGUACACUGUGCGGAUCACUCUAUGCUGGCUAUCUAUUGUGUUAGCAAUCUAGGAGAAGAAGCUGGCUUCAGUGCACCAGGUGUGUGGAAUCUGUGGCUCUUCAAACAAUACCAGACUACAGCUCCCAUCAUCCUUGACCACUGGCCAUGGCCGCUGCGAGUCCAACCAACUCUGGAGGGCCACAGGUUCCUCAUCCCUGCAAUACACAGGCAUCACUAUAACACCAUAAUUUGAUAUUACCACCAUAAGUUUACCUCUGAAUAAAUACUUUAGUAGCGGUGUCUGAGAUCCGUGCCUUCUCCUAGAUCUCUGUAUCAGGCGUGCGUUAUCUUCAAGCAUGGCAUCCUAGAAGUUAUCUCUCGUCCUCUCUCCUUACACCUCUUGCUUCCUACACUCUGCACAUGUUUGCCGCCCUGGGCUCCUGCUGGGAGGGAAGGCAGGAUAUACAUCAAAUAAUAAUUAAAUAAAUAAAAUCUAGAGUACACACAGGCCUGAUUUACAGAUAACCACUGGCAAAUGUAAUGAGAGCCAAAGUCAUACUAGAAUGACGAACGGGCCCCUUCAAUGUGGGCAUGCAAUAUUUGGCAACCAUCCUCAGAAUACUGAAUGGUCCACUCCUAAGCAGCUUUACUUGGAGGUAUGUCAAUGUCCCACUAAGUUCAGUGGGGCUUAGGCUAGGUCUACACAUGCAGAAGAAUGAGGUGGUAGAACAGACUGUAUUACUUCACAGGACAGGUGACGUCCUUCCCUGGCACCACCUGUGACGCUCUCACUUGUGGCUACCAGCAGACAGGAUUGUCAGGUUUAUUCUUACCCUUUACAGCACUAGCACCGAUCUCAAAAGAUCCCACUGCUAGGCAGCACCACCCGACACUCUGUAACCCUUUUAGCCAAUAGACUGUGCCUAGUCUUUGCCUGGCUAUUCCGAUACCUUGUGUCAAUGGGUAUAGGUAAUUUGUAAACCUCCCUGCAGCCCCUUGACUCUGAAGCAUACAGCCCUGGGUUUCUCUGUGGGACUGGAUACACUUUCCUCCGAUCCGCCGCUGCCACCAUUCGAUACAAACUGUUCAGCCUUGGUUACUUUGCUAUUCCCCCUGGUAUGUGUAUCCCAGCUGAAGGAAUCAGGCUUUUAUUUAACCAAGAAAUAUUUAUUAAGAAUUAGAAAUAACAAGAUUACUUAAUUACUUUGUUGACAAGCUUAUGGUUUCAUAUAUGUUCUGACAUGUACUUUACUUCUCAUUAAUUGCCUCAGAACUCCGACUCACUCACCAACAUAUGCUCCCUCAUCUGAAUUUUUUAAAUAAAUCCCAUCAGCGAAUAGAAAGCCAGUAUAACAAGCAAAAAUCUGGCCGCGCUUUCUACACUUUUAAAUGAUUUUUUUUUUAAUGGAGAACAAUCAAAAUUGGUAUUCUUCACUGGCAGGCUGAAGUGGCACAGCCCGUUCUACCACCUCAUCCUGAUCUCAUUCCCCUGCAUAUUUCACCCAGUCUUACUUUCUGAUAAUUAUGUUUAGGGCUGUGCUCUUACUCUGAAGCAGAAGCUUGCUGCUUCUGAUAUACUUCAGUGGGAUGUCAGUGAGAUCAUUCCUAGGACUUCAACUCUCACACCAUGUACUGCAUCACCGAAUUGUUGCAAGAGUAAAACCCAAUAAAGACUAUAGCAUGCUGCAGUAUGAAGUGUUGCAUUGUAAGUAAUAAUCUGUAGUAAUUCUAUUCGGUAGCCUUGGGUCUUUAAACAAAAACAACAAGCUAAACGCAGGAAUCCAGAUUCCACUCCUCUCCCGGUUCCAGUCUGGAAUAAGGGAGAAAUUAAAUUCAGUUCACAUUGAAAGGCAAACGUAACUAAUUAUAGGCUAUCGAUAGGCUAACUGAAACGUAACCAUCCUUCAAAAUUCACACUUUUCCGAAUUUUACAAUGCAGUUCUCCAGCCAAGUAAUGUAUACAAAAAUGCAUAUACUAGGGUAAGUAUGCAUAUAAAUGCAUAUAUUACUAAAAAUAACAUACAAAAUGCAUUCUAUUAGGGGAAAUUACUUUGCAAAAAAUGUGCUUAUUAGGCAAACUUUCCUACAAAAAUGUGCAUAUUAGGAGAAGUUUGCAUUAAAAUCCUGAUGAAUUUUCAUGAGGACUUUAAAAAAAAGGCACAAAAUGAUGUGGAAAUGCGGAGAACUAAAUUUAAGAUUGGAAAAACAAGGAACCAAAAUUGACAGAUUUGCCCAUCCUUAGUUCCAAUCUUGGAAGGGGGUAUGGGUUAUUAUUUUCAUGUUCUUCUUCUGAGGGACUUUCCCCAAAGAGUUAUUUAAUUCAUCACAUGAGUGGAGGAACUUGAAUCACAGGUUAGUUUGGGAGACACCACUUGAGUCACAAGCUUUGUGGGAUGGGUGUUCAGUACCUGGCAUCAUUCUGCCAAAUUAGCACCACUGGUAGUGAUGUUGAAAGAGAGGAUAGGAGUGGCCCCUUGGUUUGCAGCAAUUGUCACCAACAAUAACAUACGGACUAAGUAUUGUCCAAGUCUAGUUGUCCUUUUGUCAGAAGGACUCUGCUAUGGCACACCAAGAAAAGACAAAAGAGAGGGAAAUGAAGGUAUCUUAUGUUGGAUACUGGAUUAGAUAUCCAUGUCACUUUCAACUGGAUCUAAUGCAUGUUUACUCAGCAGUAAGUCUGAGUUCUAUAGGGAUCACUUCGGCAAAUUGUACAUACGAUUUCAACCUUAGGCUACUUUCACAGGCCAUAUAACCAACACUAGUUAAGCCAAAGGUAUGUCCGUGGAAGACCAUGGAGCGAACCUAAUAUACAGCUGUGCCCUUUAUUAUCCACAUGUGGACUUGCAGCUCUUUCAGAAGUGUUCACCAAAAUGAAUGGCUUCAGAGCUGGCUGUGUGUCUUGUUCUUAAAAUGUUUGAGCUUCCUUCCAUUGUCAGAAGUCAGUUUUGUAACAGAGUAAAGGUUUGUAACAGAGUAACAAGAGUGAAGUCUCUUCAGUUUUGCACAGAUCUUUUGGUUCCAGGAAAUCACACGUCUUGUUUCUGCGACCAUAGUGAUGACAUGAAGUGGUUCACAAACUGUAGAUACAACUGAUCCAUGACCAAACCAGCUCUCAAAAUUCCCUAUCCUGUUUGUGGGCAGACAAAUUGGAGAUACCGUUUCACCAGAUUUUUCCAGAGAACAGAGAAAUUCUUUAACGGUUUUUCAGGAGUAACAUCACUAUUAGCAAUGGAAGUCACAGUUUCUUUGUUUUUCCAAGAUUUUGGGGGGCAGGGGGCUGCUACUGCAAGUAGCAGUGAAAUAGCAUCCUCCACAAUACCCCAGAUCUAAAAGGGAAUCAAUCUGGGUAGUAUAUUCAAUACACUGGGGUAGCCAACAUGAUGCCCUCCAGAUGUUGUGGACCACAACUAUCAUCCCUCACCAUUAACCAUGUUGGCUGAGGCUGAUGAGAGCUGUAGUCCAAAACAACUAGAGGGCAGCCCCAGCAGCACCACAGUGAUUACCUCUGCAAUAUGUGUACAAUAUUCUUUGGGCUCAUUCCUUGGUAUUAAAUAUAGUCAAGAAGACUUUUAAUAUAGGAAGGAUGAUCUUGAUCUGUAUUGAUAUGAGAUUAGUGUAGCAUGUAAAAACUCCAGGGUAGAGCAAAGGGUUGGUUUUUUUUUACAAGUCUUUGUUGCAUGCUGCCUCUCUGGUUCUCUGCUCUUCCUGCCCCACCCUUUGCCAUCCCCCAAAUAUUUCCCCAUGUUGAUGUUACAUUAUGCAAUUCCAGAACCAAUGCUUUACUCUCGAAUGUUCAUUAAAAGGGUGGAGUUCACUAUAA